AUGGACUUCUUUGCGACGGGCGGGUUCCAGCAGCUGUACAGCGAUCUGGACGAGGAGCCACUGGCCGGCGGCGAUGCCCUCCUGAACACGUCCACUCUGGUGGACUUUGGGGGCUCCUAUGCGGAGGAGUCGUUCGACUGUGGCCACCUGGAGGAAUCGGACUACUACGGCAUCAUCACGCUGGACAGCAACAACAAUGGUGGCCCCGUCCAGGAGGCAGAUCCCUCGCUGUUCAUUGACUUCAACGAUUUGACCGCCUGUCCGCCGGACUUGAGUGACUGGGAGCAGCGUCUACUAGAUAACUUCGUGGAGAUUCCCGAGCUGGUGGACUUUCUGCCGGAGCGAACGCCUUUGUGCACGGACAACUGUGCGGAUUUCCUGGAGGAGAGUAACAGUAAUCUCCGGUUGGCCGGACCACCACCGGAGGUCCUUGAUCCAGACAGUCCUAAUCCUCCUCCUGCUGCCACUUCUGCCACUCCUGCCCUCCAGAUGAGCGAGAACGCCGCCGGCGAGAGGGGCUACCUGUGCACCUUCGGCAACUGCGACAAGAUCUAUGCCAAGCCCGCCCAUUUGAAGGCCCAUCUGAGGAGGCACCUGGGCGAGAAGCCCUACGUCUGCAGUUGGCCCGACUGCGUCUGGCGCUUCUCCCGCUCCGAUGAGCUGGCCCGGCACAAGCGCUCCCAUUCCGGGGUGAAGCCCUACAAGUGCGACUACUGCGCCAAGUGCUUCGCCCGGUCGGAUCACCUCACCAAGCACCGCAAGGUGCACGAGAGGCGCCUCCUGGCCGCAUCCCGAGCAGGCAGACUCAUCUCCGACGACCUGUAUGCCGUGCGACCCGGUCGGAAGCGCAAGAAUCAGCUCUGAUUUAUUUUUAUUUCUGAAUGGAA